GGGAUGGGGCGCACCGAUCUGCUGGUGUCUGCGCAGCCCUAGCGACUGUGCCCGCUCUAGGCCUGUGUGUGUCUUACUGAUUCUUCUGCUUCUACUGGAUGAACAAAGGGAGGCACUGGCGAGCAGAGGAUGAAGCAUGAUGGUAAUGUGAGUCAGCGCUCAUCUUUGUGAUUCCUUCAUGUAUUCUCAGCUCUGAAAGAACAAGAAUCGAUCAGGUUUCCCCAAAUGACUUUCCAGGCACUUAUUUAAAAACCCUUAAACAGUUUUCUCUGGACAACUGAUUCUGUCAGUUUUGGAGAAGUCGAGACUUGGUCUUCAAGAUGCUAAUUAAAGAAUAUCGCAUCCCGCUUCCCAUGACUGUGGAGGAAUACCGGAUUGCACAGCUCUACAUGAUCCAGAAGAAGAGCCGAGAAGAGACCUGUGGGGAGGGCAGUGGAGUGGAAAUUCUUGAGAAUAGACCCUACACUGAUGGUCCUGGUGGCACCGGCCAAUACACUCAUAAGGUGUACCACAUCGGCAUGCAUAUACCCAGCUGGUUCCGUUCUAUCCUGCCUAAAGCUGCCUUGCGGGUUGAAGAAGAGUCCUGGAAUGCAUAUCCCUACACCAGAACAAGAUACACUUGCCCCUUUGUGGAGAAGUUUUCUAUAGACAUAGAAACAUACUAUAAAUCAGACUCUGGAGAUCUCGCCAAUGUGUUUAACCUUUCUCCGGCAGAAAAACGUCAGACAACACUUGAUCCAAUUGACAUUGUGAAAGAUCCAAUACCCCCACAUGAAUACAAGCCGGAAGAGGACCCCAAACUAUAUAAAUCCACCAAGACCAAGAGGGGCCCCUUAUCAGAAGACUGGAUAGAAGAUCACAGGGAUAACAUUGGGAAAUAUCCUAUUAUGUGUGCAUACAAGCUCUGCAAGGUGGAAUUUCGCUAUUGGGGAAUGCAGUCCAAAAUCGAGAGGUUCAUACAUGAUGUUGGUCUGAGGAAAGUAAUGGUUAGGGCUCACAGACAAGCAUGGUGUUGGCAAGAUGAAUGGUAUGGUCUUACCAUAGAGGAUAUUCGACAACUGGAAAAGGAAACACAACUUAUGCUUGCCCAGAAAAUGGCACAAUUUAGCCUCAAUGAGAAUGAGACAGAGCAACACGGAGCCAAAGAAUCUCCUAGUGAGAAAGACACAGAAUCCAAGGCCAUGAUCUCCAUUGAAACCACUGAAGAAACAACGGGCAUGACAGAAUCUCUGUCAGGAAGGGGCCUUACUAAACAGUGGUCUACUUCUUCUAGGUCAUCCAGAUCUUCAAAAAGAGGAGCUAGCCCAUCUCGCCACAGUAUAUCAGAGUGGAGGAUGCAGAGCAUCGCCAGAGACUCGGACGAAAGCUCAGAUGAUGAAUUUUUUGAUGCUUAUGAAGAUUUGUCAGACAAUGAGGAAGUGUUGCCCAAAGAAAUCACAAAAUGGAGCUCUAAUGACCUCAUGGACAAGAUAGAAACAGCUGAGAAUGACGAACUGCAAGAUGAUUCAUACCAUGAACCUGCAGAGUACACAGUCAGUUCGAGUGUGGAGGGAUUAAGCAUAAUGGAGACACACACUACAGUUAUCCACGCACAAGUCAUUCCCAGUAUACCUGCUGUUACUCUCACAAAUGUCAUUACAAGUCCCCCAGAUCUGGCAGCAGAUGAAUCAGCACAGGUCUCUGGCCAGCCAUGUAAAAUCCAUGUGCUAAUUUUAGUGCUUCAUGGAGGCAAUAUUUUAGACACCGGCUGUGGAGACCAGAAUUCAAAGCAGGGUGACGUCAACACCAUCAAUUCAGUGUUUGAUACAGUAAUGAGGGUCCAUUACCCAGCUGCAUUAGGACACAUUGCAGUCAAGCUUGUUCCUUGCCCAGCUAUCUGUGCUGAAGCCUUUUCACUGGUAUCCAACUUGAGCCCCUACAGUUAUGACGAAGGCUGCUUGUCCAAUAGCCAGGAUCAUAUACCAUUAGCUGCCCUUCCACUUUUGGCCACCUCAUCCCCACAGUACCUUGAAGCAGUGGCCACUGUAAUUCAUCGAGCCAACCAGGUCUACGCUGAGUUCACCAAGUCACAGGAGGGCAUGUCCUUCACUGGACAGGUGUGCUUAGUUGGAGAUUGUGUUGGAGGAAUCCUUGGGUUUGAUGCCUUAUGUUACAGCAAUCAGACUGUGUCGGAGAGCCAGAAUAGCAGCCGAAGAGGAAGUGUUCUGAGUGUGCAGGACACAGACCUUCUUUCUCCAGGUAUUAGUGUCAACAACAGCUACUGUUCAGCAAGUUCAAAUCUGGAAACCAGUCGGCACCUGAGUCGAAGCAAUAUUGACAUACCUCGGAGCAAUGGUGAAGACCCAAAGAGACAGCUACCACGAAAGCGGAGUGAUUCCUCAACAUAUGAACUGGAUACCAUCAAACAACACCAAGCAUUCCUUUCGAGUUUGCACUCUAGUGUCCUAAGAAAUGACCCAGGAUCCCGAAGGUCAAGUAGCUCUACAAUGCUGGAUGGCGGCAAUAUUGGAAAGUUCGACUUUGAGAUCACAGACUUCUUCAUGUUUGGGUCCCCACUGGGCCUAGUUCUGGCUCUCCGAAAAACAGUGAUUCCGCUCUUGGAUGUUUUCCAGCUCAGGCCUGGCUGUCAGCAGGUUUACAACCUCUUCCACCCAGCAGAUCCAUCUGCCUCUCGAGUGGAACCCCUUCUGGAGAAGAAAUUUCAUUUGCUGCCCCCUUUCAAUGUUCCCCGGUAUCAAAGGUUUCCAUUGGGUGAUGGAAACUCUGCCCUGUUGGUCGAGGCUAUACAGAACACUCCCAUCCUUCUCAUGGAAGGCAGCCCGGCGGUUGCUCUCCAGCGUCAAGAUGGCAUCAUGGAAACCAGUAUCCCUGUUCCUGUGCUAAGCUGCCAAGACACUUCCAGUAAACAUACCAUUUGUGUUGACUCGGAUGUUGUUCAAUUUCAUGGUGCAGUCUUCGUGGAAAAUGCCUCCCCUUCUUCCCCUAUAACAGCCCCCCACUUCAGGGGAUACCGAAGAGCAAGUGAAAUCAGCAUUGCAAGUCAGGUCUCUGGAAUGGCAGACAGUUACACGGCCUCAAACAUAGCCAACAAAACAAAAAAUGAUCUUAAUAAUUCCAGAAAGUUAAGUCUCCUGUCCCAGCUUGCUCUCCCCUACCAAUCCCAAACAAUACCAAGUACCCCACCAAACCGUAGGCAUUACCAUUCUGAACAGAGUAACAUAGGAAGAACAGUAGAGAUGGGGGAUUGGAGGCACAAGAUGAACCCAGACAUCCGACCCUUGGACAUCUCCAGAGUUGCAGCAAAGUGGUGGGGCACAAAGCGAAUUGACUAUGCUCUUUACUGUCCGGAUGCCCUAACGGCGUUCCCCACAGUUGCCCUUCCUCAUCUUUUCCAUGCCAGUUACUGGGAGUCCACAGAUGUUGUCUCAUUCCUUCUGAGGCAGGUCAUGAGACAUGAAAAUUCAAGCAUUCUGGAUUUAGUCGGAAAAGAGGUUUCUGAGUUUAGUCCUUCAAAGCCGAGGGAGAAAUGGCUGCGGAAAAGAACACAUGUAAAAUUAAGGAAUGUUGCUGCAAACCACAGAAUUAAUGAUGCUGUUGCCAAUGAAGAUGGGCCUCAGACCCUUACAGGAAGAUUCAUGUACGGCCCUCUUGACAUGGUCACACUGACUGGGGAAAAGGUUGACAUUCACAUAAUGACCCAGCCUCCCGCUGGAGAGUGGGUUUACUUUGACACUGAAAUAAGUAACAGCAGUGGCAGAAUUUCCUACGUCAUCCCUGAAAACAAAAGGCUUGGGAUUGGGGUUUACCCUGUGAAGAUGGUUGUCAGGGGGGACCACACAUAUGCCGAUAGCUAUCUCACAGUUCUACCAAAAGGGACUGAAUUUGUAGUGUUCAGCAUUGAUGGAUCAUUUGCUGCAAGUGUUUCUAUUAUGGGUAGUGAUCCCAAAGUCCGAGCAGGAGCAGUCGAUGUAGUGAGGCACUGGCAGGACCUUGGCUACCUCAUUAUCUAUGUCACAGGUAGACCUGACAUGCAGAAGCAGAGGGUAGUGGCAUGGCUUGCACAGCACAACUUUCCACAUGGAAUUGUGUCUUUUUGCGAUGGACUGGUCCAUGAUCCUCUGCGGCAUAAAGCAAACUUCCUGAAAAUCCUCAUUCAUGAUGUACACCUGAAGGUCCAUGCAGCAUAUGGUUCCACUAAGGAUAUCACAGUAUACAGCUCUCUUGGUUUGUCGCCAAUGCAGAUUUACAUAGUUGGUCGACCCACCAAGAAGUUACUGCAUCAGUGUCAGUUUAUCACAGAGGGUUAUGCUGCUCACCUUGCUCAACUGGAAUAUAAUCACCGCUCUAGGCCUGCUAAGAAUACAAGCAGGAUGGCUCUAAGAAAAGGAAGCUUCUGCCUUCCUGGCCAAUCAGAUUUCCUUCGAAAGAGGAAACACUUGCUUCGUACUAUUUCAUCACAACCAACGGGGAGCAGCAACCACAAACCAGAGCGGACACAGAGCCAGUCAGAGAGUGAGAGGGACCGUGAGAAGGAACGUAGCCAAAGAAGCAUGAGCAUUGCUGCAGGGUGUUGGGGAAGGAGUGCAGCCACCACUAAGCAGGAAUCUGGCGUUUUAAGUCAGAAAUAGACUCCUGCACUCUGGACAUUUUCUUGUAUUCGGCUCUGGCCACUAAGUGGGGGUGGGGGGAAAGUUCAACAAGAAAGGAACAGAGGCCAAACUCUGCAGGAAAGUCUGGUGUCAACAACACGGUGCUACAAUAUGACAUUAGAAUUGGUGCAGGUGAUGCGAUAUCUUGAACUGCAGGCCUUAAAUAUGGUAGCAAUGCUACCCCGCAGCACCUGAAGGGGACAAAUGGAGUUUAAAUGUAGCCCAACUUUUUUUUUUUCUUAUCCAGGUUCAAAAACUUAGAAAUGUAUAUAGGUGCCUCCUUAACUUUCUUAGCCAUCUCCAAAAUGCACAACAAAUAGCUGGAUCAAAAUUAAAAAGGAUCUAUGACUUUUCUGGUACUCGAGGCUAAGAGACACUGAAUUCUGUUACAAGCAGGGGAAACAUCAGGAGCAUAAGCUGAAACUGCAGGAUAAAUAGGCUUAUUCAGUGUUCACAGGCUUUUCCAUCACCUGCAAACCAACGUUUUAUUUGAGUAGUCCCCCUUUAAUGCAGUGGCAGCUUUCCUACAAAAUCCGCUCAAAGCACAUUUCACUCUGCUGCAGUAAGUUAUGAGAAUCAGGAUAUCGUUUUGUAAUCACAGAGGAUGCUACAAAGGAGUAUUCCUGAAGAUCGCUAGCUCCUGAGGUUCUCAAAAUUCUCUCCGCCCCAUUGGCUCUUCUUGCAUGUAAUUGCUCAACUGUUAAACCUCAUUGUUUUUCUUUGCACUGAUUUUUAGAUUGGAGAUCUGUUACCAUCUCACGUAGCCUCACAUCAUUGUCUGUUGCACGUAAAUGCUGUACUGCGACAGUAGGGUAGAAAUAUUGUGUGUGGAUGUUUUUUCUGCACUGAGCGGAAAUAAAGCAGGGGUGCCAAAAAAGUGUUUUGGUACUGGGUUCUGCAGUCUUUGAUUUUCCAGCUUAAAGGGAUACUGUCAUGGGAAAAAAAAAAUUCAAAAAGAAUCAGUUAAUAGUGCUGCUCCAGCAGAAU